AUGAGCGGACUGUUUUCCAUGUUCUUUGGCAAUAAUGAUGCCAAAAAAGAUACACCUAAGAAGGCGAUUGCAGAUUUGCGCAUGCAGAUCACACUUCUCCAAAAAAAGGAGGACUAUCUGACGAAACAGAUUGAGGAGCAAGAGAAUCUGGCACGCAAAAAUGUGACUACCAACAAGAACUUGGCCCGAACGGCGCUGCGACGAAAGAAAAUGCAUGAGAAAAACUUGGAAGGAUUGCAGGGCCAGAUUGACAGUCUGGAAAGCCAGCUAAAUGCGAUUGAAUCUGCGAACCUAAACUUUGAGACCAUGAAGGCAAUGAAGCAAGGGUCCAAGGCUUUGAAGCAUAUUCAUGGUAAUAUGAACAUUGAUAAGGUUGAUCAGACUAUGGAUGAAAUUGAGGAGCAAGUAACUUUGGGUCAAGAAAUUAAUAAUGCAAUUUCGAGGCCACUUGCUGGGCUUGAAAUGGAUGAUGAUGAACUUAAUGAUGAACUUGAAAACCUUGAACAAGAAGUUUUGGAGGAAAAAAUGGUGGUUGGAGCAGGACGUGCCCCAGUUGCUAUUCCUGGGGGGGUAUCUUCAUCUACAACAAAUAUCCCAGCUACCAAAAAUGCAGCAACCCCAGCAAAGAAGGAAGAAGAGGAUUCAGACGAGGAGGAAGAGCUACGGAGACUUCAGGCCGAAAUGGCUCUGUGA